CUAGCGGCCGCUGGCAGAAACUGUCUCGUAAAUUUGGUUUAGAGAAAAGAAAAUGGAAAAAAAGGGCGAACAGAUAUUUCUUUCCAAUGGAUAAGAGAAUAUGUAGCCACAUACGGUGUGCCGAGAGAUAGAGAAGAACAACUAUUGUAAUCAUCAAUCUUCAGGGCUGCUCAACAAAGUCUGAUUUCCCAAGCCAUGGAGAUGCUUCGCGUGAACUACAUUCCUCGCCAGUCCUUUGCGGCCACUUCUCACUCGGACAAGAUUCACAGGGCAUCAAAAAUUGCCCCUGGUCCUCGUCUUCUGAGGACCAUAGUUAGAGCAACCACCGAUCCGGAAGAAGAAACCCCAUCUAUCGACUUCGCAUUCAUUGGAUCUAGGCUUCUCCCAGAUGGCAACCCAGACGUCGCGUUUCGUUCGGCGACGGGCGGUCGGAAACUCAGGAACAUAAUGAAGGACUGCCAUAUUGAUCUCUAUGGGCCUUAUGACAAAGCUCUACUGAAUUGUGCAGGUGGCGGCACAUGUGGAACUUGCAUUGUAGAGGUUGUAGCUGGCAAGGAAUUGUUAAGUCCCCGUACAGACAAAGAAAAGGAAAUUCUCGAGAAGAAACCCAAAAAUUGGAGGCUGGCAUGUCAAACAGUUGUUGGGAAGGAAGACUCGAGAGGCGAGGUUGUCAUCCAAACAUUGCCAGAAUGGAAAGUACAUGAAUGGGAUUGAUACGGCAUCUGUGGUUGGACAAUCGCCUGAAAUUUUCUGAUGUCAGUGUGCUACCAUGCAGUUGGUCCAUGUGAAGGUUUCUCAAGUUUCCUAGGUUGAUUCUGGCAACCAGGAUCUUUCUGUGAUGACAUUUUGUCAUUUGAAAAGAAAUGUAAUAUGGUCCAUCGAAUGUUUCUUAGAGAAA